AUAUAGUGCUACUAAACAGUUGGAUCUUACACCUUUAGCUUUUUGUCACGUAGAGUUUGCAAUGUUGCAUUUUACCUCAACACGAGAGGCCUUUGAUAAUAAUAAAUCUGUGUUUGUUUAUUAUUUCAAACCUGCGUACUGUCUAUUUGACCAGACCAGACAGUGUGCAGGCUCAGGCGAGAGACUACGGAACGCGAGACCCUGCGGAACAUCUAGAGAAGCCGACGUUGCUACGUGCUAGGCUAGCUAGUAGCUAACGUUAGGUACCCACUUGGGUGCGUGUUGGAGGGAGAUAUAAUAACACAAUAUUGAAGAUUAUUUUAAGUUAACUAGUCAGGUUACUCAAUAAUGCCCAGUAAAAAGAAGAAAUAUAACGCCAGAUUCCCUCCGGCGAGGAUUAAGAAGAUUAUGCAGACUGAUGAAGAGAUAGGUAAAGUGGCUGCUGCAGUUCCUGUCAUCAUAUCACGAGCUCUGGAGCUGUUCCUGGAGUCUCUCCUGACGAAAGCCUGUCAAGUCACCCAGUCCCGGAACGCAAAAACAAUGACCACGUCACACUUAAAACAGUGCAUUGAGCUGGAGCAGCAAUUUGACUUCCUGAAGGACCUGGUAGCAGCAGUGCCAGACAUGCAGGGUGAGGGAGAGGACAACCACGCAGAGGGAGGGGAAAAAGUUGCACGCAGAGGUCGAAAGCCGGGGUCAGGCCGCAAGAACGGAGGAGCUGGCUCCAAGGGAAAGGACAAGAAGCUAUCAGACACAGAGUCGGAGCAAGAGGAUGACUCUGAGGACAGCGAGACAGAUGGGGAUGAGGAGGACGGUUCUCAGUCAAGCACAAACCUGCAGCCGCAAUCCCGAUUCCACAGCCCAGACACCAUACAACCCCAGUAUCUCCACGUGGGCACCACACAGGGGGGUCUGGCCAUGUCCCUGGGCUCCUUUGCCCCCCACCCCUCGCUGAUGGGCACCGCACCCCCGCCACCCCCCUCCAUGCCGCACAAAGAUGACGACGAUGACGAUGAUGAAGAUUAUGACUCUUAGCUCCCCCCACUCUUUUACCUUUCAUUUUCUCUUAAGUUGUUCUCUUGUGUGGCUGCAUUGAGAAAGAGGUGGGCCUGGGGAGACGCUCACAUGCAGCUCAUUGUUCAGGAAAAGCCUCCAACAACUGUCAGUAAGGCGCGUAGACAUGACAGCCGCCACCGCUGAAGACCAGUAAUCGGUUGUAUAUUAUGUUUUAAUUUUUUUCUUAUUUUAUUGUGGAGAAUUUGAACCAGGUUGUUUUUUUAAGACAGGUGUUCGUUCUAUUUGGACUACCAAAAAAAUAGCAGUUGAUGCUUUGAAAAGGCCAUGGCCCAGCCCAAGGACAGGUUUGAUUAUGAAGUCCCCCAUUGUAGUUUGCACUUUGUUUAUUCUCUCUCUCUUCUGUUUAUGACAUUGGUGUUAAAAGAACAUAUCACUCCAGUUCCAUUUCUGUUUUUUUUUGGUAAUUUAGCAGACGCUCUUAUCCAGAGCGACUAGUUAGUAACUGCAUACAUUAUUA